UCUCUCUCUCUCUCUUUCUUUCUUCUUCCAUUUCUCUCUCUCUCUCUUCCAUUUUUUUCUCUCUCUUUGAGGAGAGGUAUAGAAAAAUAUGGAUAAAAGAGCAUGCAAUAAUAAUAACAACUCACCACAAGAUGUGGAAGUUAGAAAAGGGCCAUGGACUAUGGAAGAAGAUUUGAUUCUCAUCAACUAUAUAGCUAAUCAUGGUGAAGGUGUUUGGAACUCUCUUGCUAAAUCUGCUGGUCUGAAACGUACCGGGAAGAGUUGUCGACUUCGGUGGUUGAACUACCUCCGUCCCGACGUUCGACGUGGUAACAUCACUCCAGACGAACAACUGCUGAUUAUGGAGCUGCAUGCAAAAUGGGGAAACAAAUGGUCAAAAAUAGCAAAACAACUUCCGGGAAGGACUGAUAAUGAGAUAAAGAACUACUGGAGGACGAGAAUUCAAAAGCACAUCAAGCAAGCACAUGGCUUCCACACUCCACAAAGCAGCACAAAUAUAUUGUUAUCAUCUCAAGAUCAUCAUCAUCAUCAUCAUCAAAUUAUGAAUAAUAAUGAACAAGCUGCAAGUUCAAGUAGCUGCCAAGUUUCAUACACAAUGGAUCCAAUGGAAACCUAUUCUCCUCCAACUUACUCUCAAAACAUUGAUGCUUUCUCAGUGCCUUUGCCCCCAACUGAUAAUCAUUCCAAUGAUAACUAUUGGAGCAUGGAGGAUCUCUGGUCUAUGCAACUUCUCAAUGCUGAAUGAUAAAAUUAAAUCAUAUUACAAAACAAUAUCUAUAUAUAUAUAUAUAUAUAUUUAUAUAUAUAUAUGGAUCAUGAUGUUUGAACCUAAAAUAUUUCAUUAUAUAUUUUGGUUAAAUAUAUCAUUAGGGUUGUCUAUAUAUAUAGUUUGGAAAAAAUAUAUGUAUAUUUUUCCAGUUAUAUAUAUAUAUAUAUAUAUAUAUAAGUAGACUAAAGCAUGUAUUGCUUUUGUGUUGAAAAAAUUUGCAUAUUUUCUCUCUUAUAUAUUCUAUAUAUAUAGAUUGGGAAAUAUGAGUAUUAUUUCCCCUUGAUGUGUAUAGAUCUACUCUUUUUAUCAUAUCUUAUAAUAUGAGGCUAUAAUGUGCUAA